AUGAGGCUGUGGGCCCUGCUGCUACUGCUGCCUCUGCUGGCUUUCUCAUCAGCUUCUGAGGAGUCAUGCAUGGGUCGUUGUGAGAAUGGCUUUGACUCGACAAGGAAAUGUCAGUGUGAUUCCAUGUGCAAGUACUACAAAAGCUGCUGUUCGGACUUCGAAACUACUUGUGGAAUGAUGACACGAGGAGACACAUUUGUCUUUGCAGAAGAUGAUGAGUUCUUUGAAACUACCACUCCAGCCCUUCCCCUAACCGCUCACAACCAUGAAUCGACGACCACCCGCCCCAAAGAGAGACCUACAAGACCUCCGAGACCUACAAGACCUAACAGACCAAGAAGACCCACAAAGCCCUCUUUCACAGACUUCAACCCCGGGCAAACGGAUGCAGCCACAAUACAGAUGAUUAAACCAGUGAAACCAGUGGAGCCAUUGAACGAGGCCAAUAGCACAGUGGCUCCAGCAGAUGCCACAACAGGAGAGACCACCACUGCCUCACUCACCACGUCACCCCCAGACCCAGACGCUGAAGUGUGCAGUGGAAGACCGUUCGACUCUUUCAUGCAACUCAAGAAUGGCUCCAUCUAUGCAUUCAGAGGAGACUACUUUUUUGUACUGGACCAGAAGGCAGUGCUACCCGGGUAUCCAAAACUCAUCAACGAUGUGUGGGGCAUCAGCGGACCCAUCGAUGCUGCUUUUACCAGAAUGAAUUGUCAGGGAAAGACCUACAUCUUCAAGGGAAACAAGUACUGGAGGUUCGACAAUGGCGUUCUUGAUGAGGACUACCCAAGGGACAUUAAUGUAGGGUUUGACAAAAUCCCUGAUUAUGUCAAUGCUGCAUUUUCACUGCCUGCUCCAGGGCAUAACGGAAGAGAGAAAGUGUUCUUUUUUAAAGGAGACCAAUAUUACACAUAUGAAUUUGUGCACCAGCCCUCCCAUCAUGAGUGCAUAGGCAUGUCUGAGCUCUCACCACCCACCAUGUUUAGACACUACACAGAUGUCUAUUACGGAAACUACGAGCAAGACUUCAGUGAGCUCUUCUCCGGCCAACCUCAGCAUCAUGACCACCACCACUUCAUCGACAAGGACUGGAAGGGCCUCAAGUCUCCUGUGGACGCAGCGAUGGCGGGCAGGAUCUAUAUCACUCCUUUGAGGUUCACUUCGGGGCGAAAUGACCGACAGCAGUGGAACCAGUACGGACAGCAGUGGAACCAGCAGUACGGUCGUCGCAGGCAGAACCGCUCUCCUUACUGGGACACUAUGGCUGAGAGGGGCAUGAGCAUGGGCCAAGACUUUGCUCAGAGGGGUAUGGAGAUGGGGAUGAGGUUAGCCGAGAGGAGAAUGGAGAUGGAGGAGAGGCUUGGGGGAGACUGGAACAGAGGAUGGGACCAGGACUGGGACCGAUAUAAUUCAAACAACAGAGGAAACUAUGACUCCAGAAAUUACCGGCCCUCAGAUCCAAUCCAGAAGCCUCAACCAAUUCAGACGGUCUACUUCUUCAAAGGAGAUAAAUACUACCGAGUGGACCUCAGGACUAAGAGAGUUGACCCAGCCAGGCCUCCUUAUCCCAGAUCUAUCGCCAAGUAUUGGCUCGGCUGUACUGAUCCCACCGCCGCAGAGAAGUGA